CUAUCAUGACCUAUAUUAAACCAGAUCCUGAACAGCAUCAACAAGAAGAUCAAGAAGACUUUAUCAUGUCUUACUUGAAUGCAGACUAUCUGGCCACAGAAACGCCCCUAUCUCCCCCUUCUUCUGAUUCUUCUUUAUCCACAGGCUCACCUGAAAAACAUAGUGUGGAUGACUUUAUGUUGGAUAUCAACCCUACCGAUUUAUUUUCAGCUGUGAUGGAAGAUCAGCCUGCUUAUCAUCCUCAGUUAUUUAAUCCUUGUUUGCCACAACAACAUCAGACUGCAGAUCUUGGCAGUUUUCCCUUCUUUUUACCGACUGCUGCCCCUACCGAUCCUUCUUUUAUUCAGCCAUUCGCUGUACCUAUUGUUCCUUCCUCUACAGUGGAAGAGCAGCCCAAGAAAAAGAGAGGCAGAAAGAAGCGCGAGCCUGUCAACCAGACCGUGUCUCCUCUUCAGCCUUCUUUGUUGGCACCUAAGCCAUUAGCGCCUCGUCCUCAGCAACCCAUGGAAGAAAUCAAGAUUAAAUCAGAACCUGUUAUAUUGGACCCAUCACCCUUGUUGGCUGGCCCAACAACACCAGAAAACAUAGACCAACAGCAAUCACAAGAAGCUUUAAAACAAGCUCAGAUUCAAAAACGACAAGAACGUUUGAUCAAGAAUCGUGCAGCCGCAUUAUUGUCUCGUAAGAGAAAGCGCGAACAUUUAACAUUAUUAGAAGAAGAAAAGCAAUCUUUGUUGACACAAAACGAACAAUUGAAUCAAAAAGUCGAAUCAUUAGAAACCAAAGUUCAAUCAUUAGAACAAGAGAAUUCAAAACUAAAAGAACAAUUAAGUCAAUACCAACAAGAAAGUACAAUCAUUUCCAUGGAUAGCCCAAAACGAUCCCCCAUUCAUCAUCAUCAACCAAAGUCAAAAGCAGCAACAGGCGUUGUGUUUAUGAUUAUUUUAUUUUCAUUUGCGUUAUUUACUUUGCCCUCAAGAACAGCAAGUCGUUUGACUGUAGGUGGUGGUGAAGGUCAUGCUUUAAAGAAACAACUUCCUCUGAUUGGUUCUUCUAUCAGUGAUGAUUAUUGUCAAGGUGGUGGUUAUGAAUGUCAACAACAGUUACAGCAAACAAAUACAACUGACUUGGUCCUUAUUGACUCUGUACGACCACGUGAUCUUCAAACGUGGAUCAAUCAAAAAUUAGAUGUAAAGAUGAACAACAAUCGAUUGAUCAGUUGGCCUGUUCACAAAGAAGACCAAAAAGAAUCAACAGACCAUGUCUAUCUUUACUCUAAAGAGUUCUCUCAAUUGGCCUCACUCCAUUCACCCUUGACCACAAAAGACAAUGAGUUUCAAUUGCCUACCAUUUCACUUAUUUCACCCUACAACCAAACGGUCACGCAAGAGCAGUGCGAUUCUUACCUGCAGAUUGAUGUUCAAGUAUUGCGUUCGACUGUUAUCAAGGGCCAACUCAUGUCUCUUCGUCAAUUUGGGUCUGGUUCAACUGCUUUAUUGGAUGGGAUGAAAGAUGACUUGAUUACAAAUACGACCCAAAGAAGAAGACGUGAAAAACGCACUCAAAAGAUUUCCCGUGUGGUUGUCUAACUAUUUAAUUAUUCUUGUAUACCUUUUAUGUAAAUUCUCUUUUCUAAAAAAAUAAAAAAUAAAAAAUAAAGAAAUUUCUGGUUGAUUUAUUUAUUGAUUGCAC